GUCAGGCUGUUUUGGGGUGUGGCUCCCAUCACUUCGAGAAGAUCCAGAACUUUGCGAUCCUGGCGCUCCCCGUUUCAGGGUGACACCCCCCCUUCUCUCCACGCAACCUCUCAAGUCUUAGGGGGGGGGAAGCUCAGGAAUCCGGGCCCCCCUCCUUCAAGAAUUUGGGUCCCCAGCGACCCGCCCCCCCCCCCCCUUAACAUCUGAAACUCCACAAUCGAAAUUCCCAGCACUAGAACAUCGAGGAACUCGGGACUACCGGCACCCCACUCCUCCGGGAGGAGCCCAGGACUCUGGAGAACCCCAAGCUCGCCACCAGCUCCCGCCACCAUCACCACCUCGAGUCGGGGUCGCUGCUGUGCCCUUCAGCCAUGCCCGAGGGAGCUCGGGGACUGAGCCUGGCUAAACCCAGCCCUGGCCUCCAGGGUGACUGCCCAGCUGUGUGUGACACUCCCACAGCCCCCGCCAUGGCCUCUCCCCGAGGUUCUGGGAGUUCCACCUCGCUCAGCACAGUGGGCUCUGAGGGAGACCCAGCCCCAGGCCCUACCCCAGCCUGCCCAUCCUCCAAGCCAGAGCCUUUACCAGGGCCCCCCAUCCGCCUGCACCUGUCGCCCGUGGGGACCCCAGGUUCGGCAAAACCCUCGCGACUGGAGCGUGUGGCCCGUGAGAUCGUGGAGACGGAGCGCGCCUAUGUCAGGGACCUCCGCAGCAUCGUGGAGGAUUACCUAGGGCCCCUGCUGGAUGGUGGUGGGGUCCUGGGGCUGACGGUGGAGCAAGUGGGCACCCUGUUUGCCAACAUUGAGGACAUCUACGAAUUCAACAGCGAGCUCCUGGAGGACUUGGAGGGCAGCAGCAGUGCAGGGGGCAUCGCUGAGUGCUUUGUGCAGAGGAGUGAGGAUUUUGACAUCUACACCUUGUACUGCAUGAACUACCCAAGCUCCCUAGCCCUGCUCCGGGAGCUGUCCGCGUCUCCGCCAGCUGCCACGUGGCUGAAGGAGCGCCAGGCCCAGCUGCGCCACUCACUGCCCCUGCAGAGUUUCCUCUUGAAGCCUGUCCAGCGCAUUCUCAAGUACCAUCUCCUCCUGCAGGAACUAGGUAAGCACUGGGCAGAGGGCCCAGGCACUGGCGGCCGGGAGACGGUGGAAGAAGCGAUUGUGUCCAUGACCGCCGUGGCGUGGUACAUCAACGACAUGAAGCGGAAACAGGAGCAUGCUGCUCGCCUCCAGGAAGUGCAACGGCGGCUUGGGGGCUGGACCGGCCCGGAGCUCAGCGCCUUUGGGGAGCUGGUGUUGGAGGGAGCCUUCCGAGGAGGUGGCCCCCGGCUGAGAGGGGGGGAGAGGCUUCUCUUCUUGUUCUCAAGGAUGCUACUCAUCGCCAAACGUCGGGGGCCAGAAUAUGCCUACAAGGGUCAUAUCUUCUGCUGCAACCUGAGUGUAAGCGAGAGUUCUCGAGACCCUCUGGGGUUCAAGGUGUCCGAUCUGACCAUUCCCAAACACCGGCACCUGCUUCAGGCCAAGAACCAAGAAGAGAAGCGCCUCUGGAUUCACUGCCUCCAGCGCCUCUUCUUUGAGAACCACCCUGCCUCCAUCCCUGCCAAGGCAAAGCAAGUUCUUUUGGAAAACAGCCUUCACUGUGCUCCCAAAAGCAAGCCUGUCCUGGAGCCGCCCACGCCCCCCCUCGGGUCUCCCCGUCCUCGAGAUGCUAGAAGUUUCACCCCUGGCCGGAGGAACACAGCUCCAUCGCCUGGGCUCUCUGCCAGUCGCCGCGGCUGUAGGCAACCUGAGCCACUGAAAGACCCUUAUGUCACGUUCCCACAGGACGCUAAGCCUAGAUUCAAGCAUGCUGGCAGUGAAGAGGAACUUUACCCCUCCUCAGAGCCGCAGCCACCAGUUCUAGCUGCUGGACCCCGGGAAGACCCCGAGGACACUGGGCCCCCUUCACUGGACCCCUCAGGGACGUCCAUCACUGAGGAGAUCUUGGAACUGCUCAGCCAGCGAGGCCUUCGUGACCCAGGGCCAGCCACCCAUGACAUUCCCAAGUUCCCUGGAGAUACCCCAAAAGUGCCAGUCGACAGCAAAGUCCUCACAGCCCUGCCGGGCAGAGAGUCCUCAGAAGAGGAGAUGGAGGAAGAAGAGGAGGAGGAAGAAGAAGAGGAGGAAGAACUGGAUGAAAGGGAGCCUUCUCCACUCCACGUCUUAGAGGAACUGGAAAGUUCCGGCACAGCUGAAAUGCCUGAUGUUGCCAGCCUUCCCAAGAUCCCGGAUGUCCCCAGCCUCCCUGACGUUCCUCAAGUGCCCUGCCUUCCAGUCAUGCCUAGUGGCCCUGACGUCCCCAGCCCUUCCUCUGUCCCCUGUGACUCCUGGCUCCCAGGACCGGAACUCUUCUGUGCCAACAAUCCUGGAAAACUGGGGGACGGCCCCCCUUCAGGAAGCAGGGCAGGCCAAGAGGAAGAGAGAUUAUCACCCCAAACUUUACAGCCCCAAGAUGUCGCUCACGCUCAGGGAUUGGCGGAUGAACAGGAAUUCCGCUCCUGCUCAGAAAUCCGCAGCGCCUGGCAGGCUAUGGAGCAGGGUCGCCUGGCCCGGCCGGGCUUCCCUGAGCCUCUGCUGAUCCUAGAAGACUCUGAUCUUGGUGGAGGCAGUGGAAAGGCAGGAGCACCACAUUCAGAGCGGGCAGCGUCCCGGGUUCGAGAACUGGCCCGGCUUUACAGCGAACGCAUCCAGCAGAUGCAGAGGGCUGAGACGCAGGCAUCCAUCAACGCCCCCCGCCGCCGCCCGCGGGUCCUGGCCCAGCCCCAGCCAGCCCCCUGUCUGCCCCAGGAGGAGGCUGAGCCAGGGUCUCCGCCUGCCUUUGGACAUGUACUGGUGUGUGAGCUGGCCUUUCCUAUGACCUGUUCCCAGGAAUCUGUCCCCUUGGGCCCUGCUGCUAUUCUUCAAACUGCCACCCCUUUGUCUAAGGGAACCCACCUCAGUGGCCAGAGUUUAGGUGUCUCAGAUGUACCUGAGCAAGACCAUCUAGGCAGCCAUAUUCAGCCACCUCCCUUUUUGCCGGAACAAGGAGACUUCUGGGACCAAGCUCCAGUCCCGUCGCCUUUGCCCUGCGAGCAGGACGGCCCUCCAGAUGUCCGGUUUCCAGCUGUUGCAACUUGGUCCAAUCAAAGCCAUUUGGGAAGCCAAGUUCCUCUGCAGACAAGCUAUUCUGACACCACCGUUCCAGCUUCCACCUCACCACCCAGGCAAGAAGACCCCCCAGAGAGCCAGAGCCCAACCAGCACCCCAGGACCGGAGCCCAGCGAGUGCCCGGAUGACCAAGGCCCAGUCUCUGUGUCUGAGCCAACCACCGCCCAUGUGCCGACAUGUGGGAGCAGCGGUGCAGACCGUGAGAGCCCAGCCGCCGCCCUGCUGCCAUUGUCAGAUGACCUUUGGGAGAUUGGCUGUCCAGGUGCCUCGCCUCUGCCUGCCCCUGGAGGCCACCCGAGCUGUCCCAGGUCAGCCAGCGCCUCCCCCUGUGGCUCACAGGAUCCCCCAGAAGGCCAGGAUCCGGGUGCCACAUUGUUACACCAGCUGCCAGGCCUUAAGGACAUUGGGAUCCAAGACCCCUCACCUUUGCCCAAACAAGACACUCCUCCAGACACCUGGGCCACAACUGCCACCCCUCUGCUUCAGGGGCACAGCCUCACAGACACGCAGGCCCCCCAACCUACUAUACCUUUGCUGGAUCAACAGAACUGCCCAGACAGCCCUAUUCCAACCGCCAUGUCUUUGUCUGAGCAAGAAAAUUCUCCGAACCAUCUCCAGUCGCCCCCCGUUCAGGCCAUCAUGGUUUCCUCCAAACCUGGAGGACCCCUGGCCUCUCCUAUGACACCAUCCAAGGCUGCACACUUGACCCCACCCCACAGCCCCACACCCCCUACCCGCCAGCUCCUGGGCCCCAGUGCUGCUGCCCUUUCCCGAUACUUGGCUGCCUCGUACAUCAGCCAGAGCUUGGCUCGGAGGCAGGGACCUGGAGGAGAGGUCCCCCUGACUUCUCGGGGUUCCUGGUCCUCUUCUGCUCCCACAUCCCGGGCGCCAUCCCCACCCCCGCAGCCUCAGCCUCCACCCCCUCCAGCGAGGCGGCUGAGUUACGCGACCACCGUCAGCAUCCACGUGGGAGGCGGAGGGCGGCUACGGCCAGUCAAGGCCCAGGUCAGAUUGAAUCAUCCUUCCCUUCUGGCCCCCUACCCAGGACCUUUGGGGCCUUCCCAGAGCCCAGGGGGGGGCUCCUGAUGUUCCUUCACCACCGGUGAGCCAGGAUGUCAACCAGAAUGCCAUGGAUACCCUCCAGACUCCACACACAACUCUAGACUGUCGGGGAGUUCCAGGUCCCUUGGGA